UAUAAACGUAGUUUCUAUCGUGCAACAUGGAUCCUGACAGCUUUGGACGCUGGAUUCUUCACUGCCAUGACUUUGAAGCCGAUGUGGUUGCGCCACAUCUGCUCUAUUUUGUUUACUUUCUAUUAUUUGGUGUUUGCGGAUGCUGCUGAAGAGAGAGUCCGACGAGUGAGAGCUACUAUAUCUAUUGAACAUAUGCGAGUAUCAUGGGAGAAGGUCCCACAAAAUCCCAUCCUUAGAACCAUGAGCAAGCUGAUUAGACCUAAGGUCACCGUCCGGGAAAUCAUGUCUAUUGAUCGACCAGCUCAUAAUAGCCAGCUUCCACCUACAGAAAUAUACUUUUUCUAUGCAGGAGCGCCCGAAACCCUUUCUCAGCACGAUACCAUAUUGCUACAGUUCCCAGGCGGCGGUUUCGUAUCUAUGCCUCCUCCUUGUCAUGAAGAUGCUAUUGCAGUGUGGGCCAAUCAAACCGGCCUUCCUAUAGUCAGUGUUAACUACAAGAAAGCUCCUGAGCACCCCUAUCCAUGGCCUAUUGAGGAGUGCUUCGAUAUUUAUUUGCGUCUAGUAGAGACACGAGGCACAAUAAUUGGACUUUCAGGAACAAAGAAGCUUAAUAUCAUUGUUCUCGGUGACUCGGCUGGCGGAAACAUUUCUUCUGCGACUACCUUGAAAAUCAUUGCCCACAAUCAGCAAUUAAAACGCCAGCAAAACAACGGAGUUCCUCUCAAAACUUUUGGUGCAGAUGAAGGUGCUACGGACUAUACCGAGUCACUUCUGCCCAUGCCAGCUGGAUUAAUUCUAAUCUAUCCUGCUCUCGACUUUGAGAUGUCUUGUUGGAUGUCUCCCUCGCAAGUAUCGCUUAUUCAUGCCGAUUCUACCACCCAGCUGUUCCGUACAGGAUCUCUGGAGACAUUGUGGCAGUCCAAAGAUCAUUUCAGUCACGUUAGUCCUCUCAGUGUAGUACCAGAUGUUGAGAAGAAUCAGAGUUUGUGGAGAAGAUUACUCGGAAGAAAAAAGACCCGUACUACUAUUCGUCAACAUGUGAAUCCCAUUCUUACAGACAAGAAAGCCUGGCAAUCAUCAAAUCUUGCCAUGACCAGCCGUAUGAGUUUCUUUAACGACCGCAUCAUCUCCCCUGACGUUAUGAGAGCAAUGGCUAUCAUGUAUCUGGGCCCGUAUGCUACUCCUGACUUUGAGACAGAUUACUUAUUAUCACCCAUCAUUGCCCCGUUGGAAUUACUGGCAGAAUUCCCCAAGACGUAUAUGAUAUGUGGUGAAAAAGACCCUUUAGUGGAUGAUACUGUUAUUCUUGCGGGUCGUAUCCGUCAGGCCAAGGGAGAAUUUCUCGGUCCAGAAAAGGCCGACAAUGCAGUACAUGUCAAAUUUUUGGAAGGAAUCAGCCAUGCGUUCUUGCAAAUGAUGGCAUUCUUACCAGAAGCUCACCAGGCUUCUCGUACAAUUGGUGACUGGAUUCAAGAGAUCGCUUCGGAA